GUUGUGGCGGCGCCAUCUUGCCUGCAGUAGGGUACUCUUGGGUAAAGCACUGACCGGGGGUUCCUAAAGUGUGGGUCGGGUCCCCCCUGGGCGGUUGCGAGACACCAAUGGGGGGUCACCAAAUUAUUUACAGUCUAUGGUCACGAGAUGUCGUUUUUAUUUUAUCUUAAGUAAUCUAAAUUUACUUAUUUUUCCCAUUGUCGUAAAAAUAUACGCAAAACAGUUGUUACAUUUGAAAUAAAACCCAGCAAAUUAGUACAUUUCAUUAGUUUUUUGCCUUUUUUUGUUGUCAGAUGUCCCCUAAAGUUAGGUUUAGGGUUAAAGGAUCAGUAUCAGCAGGUUAAUUCACAGCAGCACAGGAAACACAACCAUAUGUGCAUGUCUUGAGCAAUGGCGGCAUGCUCAGCUCUACUGAACCGUCAUUUAGCUGGAAGCUGUUGCAAGGCCUUGUGUGUUGUUCCUCAGCCUCUUAUCCACAUCAGAUCAGCAAGUUAUGCCGAACCUGGCACAAGAAGAUCUGAUGAAGAACCACUCUGGGAGGCAGGAGGCUUCUUACCAUUCUCUGGAGCCAAGAUAGGGUAUUUCUUUCAGGACAGACCUGUGCUGAAGAACCCAUUUCUAGAGGAUGCCUUGCUCAGAGGAUACAUGAGGAGACACCUGCCUGAGGAGGCUGUCUUCUCAGACUUGUGUGCAUUCGGGGAGCAUGUGGCAAAUGAAGUGGAUUAUUGGGGCCGUGAGUGUGAGGUUACUCCUCCUCAGUUGGUGCACUUUGACCCCUGGGGUCGUAGAGUGGACCACAUUGUGACUUCCCCGGCCUGGAAACGUAUGAAAGACUUGUCGGCACAGGAGGGACUAGUUGCCAUUGGAUAUGAACGGUCAUGCGGGGAGUGGAGUCGUGUGUACCAAAUGAGCAAGUUAUUCAUCUUCUCCCCCUCCUCUGGUCUCUACACUUGCCCUCUGGCCAUGACUGAUGGAGCUGCUAAAGUCAUCCAGUCUAUAGGUGUUUCAUGGCCGGUAGAUGAAGCAUACGGUCGUCUGACAACCCGUCAGCCUGAACGAUUCUGGACCUCUGGACAGUGGAUGACAGAAAGACAGGGAGGAUCCGAUGUGGCCAGUGGCACAGAGACAGUAGCCGUUUCCCAGUCAGAUGGUUCAUACAAACUUCAUGGCUUCAAGUGGUUCACCUCUGCUACAGAUGCUGAUAUGACUCUCACACUGGCUAGAACACAGGACCGAACAGGAACUACAACACCAGGUAGCAGGGGUUUGUCUUUGUUCUACGCUGAGGUGUGUAGAGGAGAGGAUGGACGACUGAAGGGUAUAGAGGUUCAGAGACUGAAGGACAAACUGGGAACGAGACAGAUGCCAACUGCUGAGUUGCUGUUGGACGGCCUUCCUGCACACAGGCUUACAGAGGAAGGUAGAGGUGUAGCCUCCAUUGCUAAUAUGCUAACCAUCACCCGGAUCCACAACAGUGUAUCUGCAGCAUCUGCAAUGAGAAGGGUGGUUCAGUUAGCUCGUGACUAUGCCACUCGCCGCACUGCUUUUGGAAAGCUUCUUAAAGACCACCCACUGCACAUGCAGACUCUUGCCAGAAUGGAGGUAGAAACCCGAGGAGCGUUUCUGCUGGUGAUGGAUGUUUGUCGUCUGCUGGGCCGGGAGGAGAGCGGCUUGGCGAGCCAGCUGGAUGCACACCUACUUCGUCUGCUCACUCCUGUGGUCAAACUGUACACUGGGAAGCAGGCUGUGGCUGUGGUGUCAGAGGGUCUGGAAAGUUUUGGAGGACAGGGCUACAUCGAGGAUACAGGGCUGCCUGCAAUGCUCCGUGAUGCACAGGUUUUAAGUAUAUGGGAAGGUACCACAAAUGUUCUGUCUCUGGAUGUGCUGCGCUGUGUGGCUCGCAGCUCAGGAAUGGUUCUUCAUGCUUACUUUACCCACACCAAGUCCCUGCUCUCAGGUGCAUCCAGUGUGUCCUCAUUGGCUCCAGCUGUAAAAGCAAUGGAGGCUGCUCUGUCUGAACUGAAGGACUUUGUUCAGGUAGCAGCCACCAGACCACCUGGCUACCUGGAGCUAGCAGCCAGAGACCUGGCAUACAGUCUAGCUCGCAUUUACACAGGUGCUCUUCUCAUUGAUCAUGCAUGUUGGAAAGGAGCUUCCCCAUCAGACGCCUAUGCAGCACUCAGGUGGUGUGAGCAGGACCUGUGUCCAGUGGCGACUAAACAGGGGAGAGGCUGCUAUGAUCCAAACACUCCACCACUCGAUGCUGCACUGGUCUAUGACCGGCCCAUCCAGGACUCAUAGUGUUCAGUGAUAACAGAAUAAUCUAUGACUCAAUCUGCCAUUAAUUUGCCUCACUUUAAUCAUCUUGUCUUGUUACUCUGUCCUACAUGUUGCUGUAAAUUACUGGAGAAUAUGUUGAAAAGAUUUAAACUCAUGUAUACAGACACAGCUGAUGGAUGAUUGGGUUUCUAAUACAGUGUAUCUCUGUAUGAGGCAAUUAUGUGAUUGUUGCUUUUGUUAGUUAUUAGUGUAAACAAAGAAGCUGUGAUAUAUUUUUGUCUUAGACAAAUAUAAACAAUUUUAGCAGCUUACAAAUUUUUUGGGAGGCUUGUUGUAUAAAGUAUCUGAACUGAAUAAAUAACACAUGACACAA